AUGGCUCUCUGGAUCCGAUCGCUGCCUCUCCUGGCCCUUCUCGCUCUUUCUGGCCCUGGGACCAGCCACGCAGCUGUCAACCAGCACCUCUGCGGAUCCCACUUGGUGGAGGCUCUCUACCUGGUGUGUGGAGAGCGGGGUUUCUUCUACUCCCCAAAAGCCCGACGGGAUAUUGAGCAGCCUCUAGUGAGCGGUCCCUUGCAUGGUGAGGUGGGAGAGCUGCCCUUCCAGCAGGAGGAGUUUGAGAAAGUGAAGCGAGGGAUCGUUGAGCAAUGCUGCCACAACACAUGCUCCCUCUACCAACUGGAAAACUACUGCAACUAG